GUUCCGCCGUCCAGACCGGGGGCGGGGGCAAACUGGAGACCUACAAGAGCAGGCGCGCCGCGGACCGAAAAUUGCUACGAUGAAGGCGUCCCUCCCGCUCGCGUUCGCGCUCGUCCUCUGCGCCAGCGCCGUGCCAAUAUCCAGCCCGGGAGGCGGGCUCUGCGCGCAGCCGAUCGUCAGUGUGCGCGGGACGUUGGUGGAGACUAUACAUGACAAGGCGACGAAUAUGAUCAAAAUCGUCCAGGCCGCCUCGAUGAAGGAAGGCUCACCGUUAUGGAUACUGAUGGACUCGAUCUACUACUGAAAUCGCUCUCCUCAUCAAUAUAUUCUUGUUUUCGGGUUUUCCGGUUGUACGUUAUGAGGGUAAUGGGCCUGGACAGCAGGAGCGGUACUUUACCUUGCACAUUCGCGGCGCGCAGAAUUAUUGACGAGACGAACGAUUAUGGGAAGCCACAUUGUUCAUUAUAUCCAUGAUUCGACAGGAAAUCCACAGAAGUCGUCAAUAGGUCGUUCAAUAGUCGUACAAAGUUGUAAUCCAGAGAUCCCAAGUAACUUA